GAGGCUCCAGAUCACUUUGCCUUAUAUCUUCUAAUAAUUGUCUCCUAUCCUUUCAAAAUGAGGAACCCUGUUUUGUUGCUUGUCGGCGUUUUAACUCUUAUGGUGGCUACAACAGCUUCAGCAGCAGUAGUGGAACACACAUUCAAUGUUCAAAACUUGACAGUUACUCGACUAUGCAAUCGCCAGCUGAUUGUUGCAGUAAACGGUAGCUUCCCUGGUCCGAGAAUCCGAGUUCGAGAGGGUGACACACUUAUUGUUCAUGUAUAUAACAAGUCACCCUACAACUUGACCGUUCACUGGCAUGGAGUGUAUCAAAAACUGAGCUGCUGGGCGGAUGGACCCAACAUGAUAACUCAGUGUCCCAUACUCCCUGGGAAUAAAUAUACAUACAAGUUCAAAAUCAGCGGUCAAGAAGGAACCCUGUGGUGGCAUGCUCAUGUAUCGUGGCUAAGAGCCACUGUCCAUGGCGCACUCAUUAUUCGUCCGAAAUCAGGCCACAAGUAUCCCUUCCCUAAGCCCCACAGAGAAGUCACUAUCAUAUUAGGCGAGUGGUGGAAUGCUGACGUCAUGGAUGUUGAGGAAGAGGCCGUGACCAGUGGAGGUUUACCAAAUAUUUCCGAUGCUUUCACUAUAAAUGGAUGGCCCGGAGAUCUCUAUCCAUGCUCUCAAAACCACAUGUACAAGCUUAAGGUUGAGCCAGGAAAGACUUAUCUCUUACGCAUAGUCAACACUGCACUCAACGGACAGCUUUUCUACAAGAUAGCGAAUCACAACCUGACGGUUUUCGCCAUCGACGCUGCCUACACGAAACCUUAUGUCACCGACAUCAUCAUGAUAGCCCCAGGUCAGACCGUCGACGCAUUGCUAGUCGCCGAUCAAGACAUUGGGUCGUAUUACAUGGCCGCUAGUCCGUAUUCUACCUCAGUUGGUAUACCGUAUGAUAAUAAUACCACAAGGGGCGUCGUGGUGUAUGAUGGUGCCCCACCCAUAGGAAAGCCAUUAAUGCCAACCCUCCCCGCUUUCAGUGACACCGCUACGGCUUACAAGUUCUCUAGUAGUUUAAAGGGUUUGAAGGAUGGACCUCAUUGGGCACAGGUUCCAAAAAACGUGGACUACAAAAUGUUUGUGACUGUUGGAUUAGGGUUCACUCCUUGCGAAGCAAACAGGACAUGCCUGGGUCCAAAGGGAACCAAACUCUCAGCGAGCAUGAACAACCAAUCCUUCGUGCCACCCAAGAGAAUGUCAUUGCUGCAAGCUUUCUAUUCGAACGUGGAUGGCAUCUACACCACGGAUUUCCCUGUCAAGCCCCCCAUUGAAUUUGACUACACCAAUGCUACUAUCAACAACUACAACCCAGCGUUUCUCUUUGCUCCAAAAGUUACUAAGGUGACAAAGCUAAAGUUCAACUCAACAGUGGAGAUGGUGCUUCAGAACACUGCUAUUAUUGGAGUGGAGAAUCAUCCCAUGCACCUCCAUGGCUCAAACUUCCACGUAUUGGCUCAAGGGUUUGGGAACUAUAACCCUUCCAAGCAUAGGGAGAUGUUCAACCUUGUCGACCCACAAAUUCGUAACACCAUUGGCGUACCAGCUGGAGGAUGGGCAGUCAUUAGAUUCACAGCCGAUAAUCCAGGUGUAUGGAUAAUGCAUUGUCACUUGGACGCGCACUUGACCUAUGGCCUCGGCACUGUUUUCAUGGUUGAGAAUGGACCAACUCCCGAAACAACUUUGCCUUUACCUCCGGUAGAUCUACCAAAUUGCUAGAAGUUCAAAUUUUGCACAAAACCAUGGCUGAAGUUUCUUAAUAUUUAUUUGGAUUUGAUUUCAUAUAUGGUCCCUUUAAUUUAUGAAAACAGAUUUAAAAUCCAAUAAUGAUAUCCAAUUAUACAA